AUGGAGCUCUCCAGCAAGCUGGCAGAUCUCACCCUCGUCUCCAAGUACCACCCCGUCGCCAACUACUCGUACCCGCGAAAUGAUACUUCGGCUCCAAGCAGCGCCGUCUCCUCCUCGUCCACCGGCUGCUACUCGGAUAGGUCGUCCCUGGGAUCCCAGGCUUCUUCUGCCCCGGGCUUGAUCGACGACCGCACCGACUCCGAGGUUUCCGUCGACGACGACUACCAGUAUCACGCCCACACCACCGAGCUGUGGGACAGCUUUUGGCAGCCCGCCAAGAUGAUGGACCACGAGCCCAACAUGCACCCCAAGAAGCAGUAUCCCGCCCUGGUUCCCUCUCCUCGCGCAAACCGCAGACGCCGCCACCCAGACGCCACCGAAGGCCCCGCCGCCUGGCCGCUACCCGACGGCUCUCCCCGCGACCGAUCCCGGAAGCCGGCCGCAACUUACACGCCGUCUCCGAAGAUCAGCCGCCCCCAGGGAACUACUUCACCCGCCCCGGCCCCGGCACCCCGUCGAGCGUCCAGCCCAAAGCCCUCGCGUCCUCCUCGACCCCCGGGCGAACUCAUUACCCCUUGUAUCCGCGUCGUCACCCCUUGUGCGCGGCAACCCGCCAUGGCGCCAGCCACGGCCUACGAACAUGCCAUGAUGACCUACCGAUUCCCGCCUGCUUCGCCCACCAUGAACCUUCCGCCCCCCUCUCCCACCAUGAACUGGUACCCACCGUCGCCCGUCGCCCAGCGGGACUCUGGAUUCCUCGAUGAACCAUUCGCCAGGCCGCGCACCGCUGCCGGCCAUGCCUACUCCUCCUCCGCCGCCUCGAGCGCUUCCACCAACAUCGCCCUCGAGCAGGCCUACCAGCACCCCAGGCCUGCCCGCGCGCCACGCCACUGCAAGUCCAUCGCCCACCUUGCCCGUCCGGUGCCCGAGCCGGAGCCCCACUCCGUGUUCGAGUACGACUCCGACAGCGACAGCGAGCACGGCCGCUCCUUUUUCCGCUUCCACCGACGCAACGACAGUGACAGCCGCAGGUCGACCAAGGCUCCGGCACCAGAGGCUCUUCCCUCCCAAGCCCGCCGUCGCCCGCGCCCCCAGACCGCACCGUCUGUCCCCGAGCCCCAGGGGCAGCCUCCGAGCCGUCUUGGCAAGCAGGAGCCGCCACCCAGGCGCAAGCGUCAGGGGCACGACGUGUUUGGCCGCAUGCUCGGACGGCGUAGCAGGUAA